AUGUCCCCCUUCCGCGCUGGGUCCGACCGGGACCAUCCUUCGCGAAAAGGUCCCUACAUCGACUACGCCAGAUUUCUCCCACUCAACACCGAUCCCGCCUCCACCCACUACAUGAACCGCGCUCAGGCUGAGCCACCGUUUCGCGAUCAAGAAGAGUCUAGGAAAAAGAUCGAUAUCAUCGAUCUAACCCUCAACUCAAGUCCCGUAUCACGAUCCUCCAUUCAUCACCAAUUGGAUGCCGAUCGCGCGCCACCCCUCAGAACCAAGGUUGAGAGUCAAGGCCCUCCGGGUUUUUCUCUGGGCCUUGCGCAUAGCCUUUCGGAUCCGAGCGGCGGCUCAACCGCCGCUUCCAGCAAUGCCGCCUCAGUCCUGGAUCCUUCGCCACCGCCAGUAUCCGUUCAACCUUCGGUCUCAUCAAUCGACCUGGAGGACGGCCUAAACGGCGAGAUGCCUCGACCGCCACGACUUGAGGCGUCGUUGAAAACGCCUCAGCAGGUGACGCCGCCGUCAUCUACGCGGCCCUCGAGCCAUCAGUCUCCCAAGCAAGCCGCCAUUUCCAAGAAGCAGACCCCGAAAAAAGACGUUUCUGAUGUCCGGCAAAUCAUUACCUCGCUGCGGGGUUACUCAGCCGAUAUCAGCAAUGUGCAUUCGCAACUGUGUCUCUAUGCUCUCAGGUCUACCAAACCUGUCGAGACGCGCGUGAAGACCGGCAUAGAUUACUUUGCUGAUGUUAAACUGGCCCCGGCUGAUGCUGAGAAAACGGGGACCACCAUGACUAUCCGGGCCAAGCAACAUUUCCGUGGGAGAAAGGUGGAUACUCUCAGAGCUACGCACUACCUCCCAGUGUGUGUCAAGUCCGACAAGCCUGCCGUGCCCAGGUAUCGUUUCCAUCAUACGGAAAUCAUCAAGAAUGUAUUGUCCCCCAACUCGAUGCUCAAGUUCGUGCCCGUCAUUCGAGACCUCGACCCUGACGAGGAGCGAGAUUACAAUCUCUGGCUUGGUGAACUGGAGAGAAUGGACAAAAGCUGUGGAUUCGAGACUCUCGGCAGUCGUGACCAACGGGUCGCCCGGACUAUCAAAAAGGAAAGGACUGCGACGCUAUCACUAUUCUUGGACUCAUGGCUCAGAAAGAUCGCUAUCGACAACUGUAAUCGAACUACCUUGAUUCGCCACAUGGCAAGUUCAAAUUCCGAUGAUGCUAUCACGCCACAGCAGAAGACGAGUCUGGUCAACCUACACAGCGACGACAACAUGGCCGCGACUACGCCAAGGGCUUUGAAAGCUGCGAGGGUGUUCACGGAGGCAUUUGACCAAGUCUUUUACCAUGACGCUCCUAAAGGAAAGGAAAUUCUCCUCCGCGACGUUCUGAAACUUGACAAGUCCGUCGAUGAGAUUGUCGAAUCGAAGAAGACAGCAAAGGGUGGACAAGACGACAGCGAAAAAGUAGACUCUUUGGAGCAAUGGAUCGAAACUCACACGGUUAUGGGCUGUCUCAUAUGCUACAGCAAUUCGUGCGAGCAUGGAGACUACAGCAUUGAGAACCACAAGCGCAAUUUCUCUAUGGAUUGCAUCGGCAUGUACGGGCGUAUGUUCUCAGCAAAUCGCACGGUAUCCUCUAGUGAUCCGGUAGAGCCGCUGGAGCCUCCUCCGCCGUGCGAAAGACAGUGCUUCCAGAUCUAUGGUACCGGCAGCGCUGAUGCGCAGGGGAAGCCAUGGACCAAAGAUGAGACUCUCUUGCUACGCAGCUUGUUCACGAUCUUGGAUCAUAACAAGGUCCGAGUCAAGGCUCAAUGCGCUACGGCUGAAAUUCUCAACAGAGACUGCCGGGACGUUCAUCGCCAUCUGCAAUCUUUGGACAUCAGGCUUCCGCCCAUUGAAACGAUCGAUCAGCCGAGGGCCAAAAACUUUCCUUGGUACGAUCGCAAGAGAAAGAUGCUCUUGGGCGACUGGCAGGCAGAGACCAACUCUCAUGAUACCAAGAAACAGAAGGAGGGCCGUCCUUGUAUUUGCGUACAGUUGAAUCGCGAGUGCGAUCCCGACCUUUGCGGAAGCUGCGGUGCUGUUGAGCGAGCUGAUCCUGAAAACCGACACGACGACGCGCUCUUCCAGACCGGUUGCCAGAAUACCGCCAUUCAACGAGGUGUCAGCAAAGCAGUCGUCCUUGGCAAGAGUCAAUUGGAAGGCUGUGGGUACGGUCUGUUCACUGCAGAAGACAUCGCACAGGACGAAUUCGUGAUUGAGUACACGGGAGAACUCAUCGUGGCAGACGAAGGAGUCAGAAGAGAGGCACGCCGCGGCGAGGCUUUCUCCGUAGAGAAGAGCACAUCAUAUGUGUUCAGUCUCUUAGAUUACGAAGGCAUCUGGGUCGACGCUGCUAUCUACGGCAAUCUCAGUCGCUACAUCAACCAUGCUGUAGAAAAUGCCAAUGUUCAGCCUGGCAUUCUCUACGUGAAUGGCGAAUACCGUAUCCGGUUUUCGGCAACUCGCAACAUCAAGGCUGGCGAGGAGCUUUUCUUCAACUACGGCGAAAACUUUCCUAAUCUUACUAAGAAGAUGAUCAAGGAGAAGGCCGACAUUGAAGGAGACGCAGAGUCUGGAGCAGAAGAAGGAAUUAUACCGGUCAAACGGGGCCGAGGCGGGCGCCGAAAGACAGUCAAUGGCACGCAGAAAUCAGCUGCCCAGAAACUCGCCACGGCGAAAAUUGCGAAAAGCGUUCGCACAGGAGCUCGGAAAGAGGCGCCGCAGGUGACGAUAGACGAUUACGAAGCUUUGGCCGACGUCGACGCGGCACCGAAUGCAAGCCGGAAGCGGAAGCGCGUCGCGAAGAGCGAUGAUGAGGAUGAAGACUUUCAUCCGUCCUUGGAAUCAGAAGAGAAUGCUGAAGGACGAGCCAAGGGAAAGCGGCCAGCCGUAUCUCGUCGCCGAAGCGGAAUACAACGUGUCAGAUCAAUGGGUUCCAUUAUACCCUCAGACUCAGAGGCAGAUGGUUCCCAGCGAACAACCCCUCGUAAGCGUGGACGGGCACGUCCUAAUAGUUCUCACGGUGUUGGCAAUUCUCAAACAACUGCAAAAACUUCGGUAAACCCCGAGAAACCAGCAGUUAACACGCCGCCUCCGAAGAAGAGGCGCGGACGCCCGCCGAAGAAUCCUCGUCCGCCGAGCCCAGCCGUGGAAAAGCCACAAGAAAUGGAGCACGUUGAAAAUGAGAUUCGCGCCAGUCCGCUUCUCACCCGGAACCCUGAAGCAGAGGGUGGCACGAUCUCGGUUGACUUGAGCCAGCCUUCGAGGUCUGCACGGGGUCGCAAGUUCACAACGUCUACUCUCAGUCAGUCUGUUGAGGAUCCUAUGGAUGUGGACGAAGCUGAGGCAGAGAUCGACGCGACUCCUUCGCGGUCUAGAGGUCGACGGAGGGCUGAGGGGAAUUCGAUCACGGCUCGUGGGGCAUCUCGGGGUGGCCACACAUCUGUGUCAAGAGCGCGUCGUAUGCCUACCGAAUCGGAUGCUGUCGUGGACUCGGACGAAGAGCCCCUCACUCUCACUCCAUCAUCCCGAAGGAAGCGGAUGCAAAAAAGGGUUCUUGGACCUUUGGAGGUGAACGACAGCGAGUCCAGCUUUAAAAUGCCUGGCGUUGGUUCAGACUCCGAUGAUGAUGAUGACGACGAUGACGACAUUGUUGGUCUCAAACGCACUUCUAGGCAAAGGAAACUUCCAGCUCGAUUCCGUUCAUCCGACGAGGAGUCUUGA